AUGCUAUUAGAGACAAUUAUCAGCUUUUUCUACGCCUUGUGGGCGUUUGUAAAGCCUUUCUUAUGGCUCAUCAUCGUUAUCGUCCUUGCAUGUGUUGCUUACCUAAAGCGCCGAGAAUUGGCUGAGAUUGCAGAGAGACUCAGAAAUAGGCGCCGGUGGUAUAAUAGAAUGCAACAGAGCUCUCUGUUUGAACAGGACCUAGAAAACGGACUAUCAAGUGGCAAUUUUGACAUCUCGGGCAACAUCGGCAACGACUCGAGGGAUGGGCUUGAUGAGAAUGCCAAAGCCGAAAUACGGCGUAUCAUGCAAAGAGAGAGUCUUCCCUUUGACGAGGCCCGGCUUCGGUAUUUCAGAGCCGAGCUUUCACGUAAUGGCGUUGCGAGCGACGGUUUACCCACAGAUAAGCGCACCGUGACCUUUGAUAGACUAUGA